AUGAAGUCUACCAGCUUUUUGCUCCUCUCUCUCUUCCUCGUUCUGGUGACACAAGCAGCUGGGAGGAGACCCCGUGAAAAAUUCCAACAGUCAUCUGAAGAUGUCUCCAGUGAAAGCUUUGAGGUACAUAUGUUGGACAAAGGCCCGGGACUAAACUCUGCUGAAGAAGAAUACAGCAUAACUGAGAAAACACGGACUGGUUAUCGUUCAGAGAAGCCCAAAAGCAUGUACAGCGAGGAAAUCUAUGAGGAAACACUUCAUAAAAAAAAUAAAGACCGUGUCCAAGGGAAUUACAAGGCAAAGAGAUUUCAGGAUGAAGAAAGCGAGAGCUCAUACAGAAACAGAAAGAUAAAACCCCUUUUCACAGGAUAUGAAUAA